GUGAGAGACAACAUGAGGAGUCAUCUUUUGUUGGCCAUGAUUGCAAGCUUUGCCGUUAUAGUUGGAGCUCAAACACAAGAAGGAUUUAUCAGUUUGGAUUGCGGAUUACCUAUUGAUGAAUCUCCCUACAAUAAUUCAUUUAAUGGAUUAACAUUCACAUCGGAUUCCAAUUUCAUCGAGACAGGAAAAAUUGCUAAAGUGGAGAAAGAUGCCAGAAGAUUCUCAAGACAAUAUUUGACUAUGAGAUACUUUCCAGAGGGAAAACGUAACUGUUAUAGUCUUGAUGUUAAGCGUGGCACAAAUUAUGAUAUCGUGGUUAGCUUUGUGUAUGGAAAUUAUGAUGGUCUUAAUCUUGAACCGAAUUUCGAUAUCUAUCUUGGUCCAAAUAAGUGGGCAAGAAUAGAUUUGGAAGGAAGGCUAAAUGGUACAAGAGAGGAGAUUAUACACAAAGCUAAGUCAAACUCUUUGGAUAUUUGUCUUGUUAAGAUAGGAGCUACCGUGCCACUAAUUUCAGCUAUAGAGAUACGGCCACUGAGAAAUGAUACAUAUGUUACCCAAUCCGGUUCACUGAGGCUGUCUUUCCGGGAAUAUUAUAGCAAUUCCGAUGAGCAAAUAAGGUACGCUGAUGAUGUCUAUGAUCGUGUAUGGUAUCCAUAUCUCGACCCUUCAUAUAGGCAAAUAACGACCAGUCUCAAUAUAAACAACUCAGAAACAUAUAAGGUACCAAAAACUGUACUCAUGAGUGCUGCGACGCCUAGAAAUGCCAGUGAGCCACUGCUCAUCACCUGGACACCCAGACCCUCUAAUGCUGAAGUGUACUUGUACAUGCACUUCGCGGAGAUUCAAGCCCUUAAAGCCAAUGAGACGAGGGAGUUCAACGUUAUCUUGAGAGGAAAUUUUAACCAUUCAGGUUUUAAGAUACCUAAGUACUUAGAGCUAAGUACAUUAUACACUGAUACACCAGUGCAAUGUGAUUCAGAAGGUUGCAAUUUACAGCUAGUAAAAACUCCGAAUUCAACUCUUCCACCUCUGAUCAAUGCUAUGGAGGCUUACACUGUUAUUGAUUUCCCACAAGUGGGAUCAAGCCUAAGUGAUGUUGCCACUAUCAAGAACAUCAAAUCUACUUAUCGACUAAGUAAAAUCAGUUGGCAAGGAGAUCCAUGUCUCCCUCAAGAUUUUUCUUGGGAAAAUCUUAGAUGCAGUUAUGUAGAUGUCUCCACUCCACCAAGAAUCAUUUCCUUAAAUUUGUCGGAAAGUGGAUUAACUGGGAGCAUAGCCCCAAUUUUUCAGAAUCUGACGCAAUUACAAGAACUGGACUUAUCAAAUAACAGCUUGACAGGACCAAUACCAACCUUCCUUGCCAGCAUGAAAUCGCUAUCCUUAAUAAACUUAAGCGGAAACAAUCUUAAUGGUUCAGUUCCUCAAGCUCUUCUUGAUAGACGAAACGAAGGACUUGUCCUAACACUUGAAGGGAAUCCAAAUUUGUGUAAAUUUAGUUCAUGCAAACCAAAGGUGAAGAAAAAUAAAUUAUUGCUACCAGCUAUUGCAUCAGCUGCCUCUCUGCUUGUUCUUGUGGCGGUUGUGGCUCUUGUUUUCGUUUUCCGAAAGAAGAAAGUGCCUUCAGGUAAGUCUCUAGCCGCUACACCAAGUAUGCCUGCAGCGGAUGUUGGGCAUGCUAAUCAGUCAGAAUCAUCAUUCCUAUCGAAAAAGAUUAGGUUUAGUUAUACUGAAGUCCAAGAAAUGACAAAUAACUUGGAAAGAGCUCUCGGUGAAGGAGGGUUUGGUGUCGUUUAUCAUGGGUUUGUUAAUGGUACUCAACAAGUAGCUGUUAAACUGCUCUCUCAAUCAUCGUCUCAAGGCUAUAAGCAUUUCAAGGCAGAGGUCGAACUACUUAUGAGGGUUCACCAUAUAAAUUUGGUGAGUCUUGUAGGUUAUUGUGAUGAAGGAGAACACUUGGCCCUCAUCUACGAGUAUAUGCCAAAUGGAGACUUAAAGCAACAUUUGUCAGGAAAGCGUGGAGGAUGCAUUCUGAGCUGGGAAACUCGACUGAAAAUAGCUGUGGAUGCAGCACUAGGAUUGGAGUAUUUACACACAGGAUGCAAACCACCAAUGGUUCACAGAGAUAUUAAAACUACAAACAUUCUUUUGGACCAAAAAUUUCAAGCCAAAUUAGCUGAUUUUGGGCUUUCGAGAUCUUUCCCUAUCGGAAAUGAAACAUAUGUAUCAACAGUUGUUGCUGGCACUCCCGGAUAUCUAGAUCCUGAGUAUUAUCAAACAAAUUGGUUGACAGAAAAGAGUGAUAUAUACAGCUUUGGAAUUGUAUUGUUGGAGAUCAUUACAAACCGUCCUAUAAUUCAACAAUCCCGUGAAAAGCCCCACUUAGUAGAAUGGAUCAGUCUUGAGAUAACAAAAGGAGAUCUUAGAAGUGUGAUGGAUCCAAACCUCCACGAAAAUUAUGACAUCGGUUCUGUAUGGAAGGCCAUUGAAAUAGCAAUGUCAUGUGUCAGUCUUUCUUCCACAAGACGACCAAGCAUGUCUCGGGUUGUAAAUGAACUAAAAGAGUGUAUAAUAUCCGAAAAAUCGAGGAUUGGAGAGACAAGAGAUAUGGAAUCAAAAAGUUCUUUAGACUUCAGCAUGGAUAUAUACACCGAGGGUAUCCCUAAAGCACGCUAG